AUGACUCUUCUGUUUGGACAGACAAAGCAGGAUCUCCGUUUGAACUUCAUUUGGGAACCGGAUUUGGAAUAAGCUCUUCCUCACCGAGACUCUUUGUCUCACGGACAGACAGAGAAGUUGUGACAGAUUUAGAAAAGUCAGAAGAAGGAGAGAGAGAGAGAGAGAGGGAGGGAGGGAGAGGGGGCCUCUGCCUGAAGGCUUCUGUGGAAGAAACAAGAGACAGAUAAAGAGACAGUGAUAAUCUGAGAGAGACAGAGGGAGGGGAGAGCACAGCUGGUGUGUGAAAAGAGGAAUAUAAAGAUAGAAACACCAAGGAGGUGAAGGGAAAGGAGACAAACCAGGCUGGAAAGAAGACAGGGACGAAUUCUGUGUGGAGGACAAAAGAUCUGAGAGAAAGCUCGGUUAUUCCAGGAGUUCAGAUGACUGCGGCAUCCCGGAGAAGCACCUGACAUCUGUGAGACAGAACAGAGUUACAGCAAGAGGAGAGGAAGGAGAUCCUCUGAGGUGGAAAAAACAAAACCAUCUAAUCAUCAUGUUUUAUUCAACCGACUUCCCAAAUUCAAACAGCCUGCUCCCAGAGAGCCACUUCGUCCCCGGAAUAGAAUGAAGACAGGAGCAAAGAGAUCCUUUCAGAGUCGGUGACACCGUCCUCAUCGCCUCCUGUCAGCCUCACUCUGCAUCCCGCUGUAAACUCGGUAGCCUCCCCUGUCCUGACGUCUCUCCAUCACCUCCUCCUCUCCAUCUCCUCACUAUGUGGAGACCAGCUUUGCUCCUAUGGAUUCUUAGUGUCAGUAAUUUGUGCUCAGGACAGGAUUACAUGGACUUUUACCAAACUGGAGACAUGGGCAGUCAGGCUCCGGAAUUCUCAAAUGACCAGCCCAGUUUGCAGACAGUGACGAGUGUGGAUCAGCUGUUGGAGCUUUUAUACCCUGAAUACAGUUUGCUUCAGCACUGCCUGCAGAGGAAAGCCUGGCAGGAUGCAUCGUCCUCUUCACCGCUUCCUCCGCUUCACACCAAUGACGACGACCUGUGGGCUCAGCUUAGAGAGGAGCCACUUCACAAAGCCGAUGGGAAUUUCGGAGUCAUCCUGGAGGAGAUCAAGCGAACCGCCUGUCGGCCCAGAGAGGUGUGUGUGGAGGUGGCCAAAGAGUCGACCAGCGAGCUUUACCUCCCUCGCUGUGUGGCGCUGCACCGCUGCGGGGGCUGUUGCAACAGCGAAGCCUCGUAUUGCACCAACACAAGUUACACGCUUGUCAACAAGACACUGGUGGAAUUCACCCCGAGCAGGACAGUGAACUCUAUCGUCAUGGUAACCUUUGUCAACCACACCUCAUGUGACUGCAUGUCCAAACGGCCGGUCCACUCCAUCAUAAGACGCGCCGCAGUGGAUGACCUCAGGUGUUCGCCUCCAGACGAUUCCUGUCUUGCAGGGUUAUUAUGGGACCCAGUGAGCUGUGUGUGUGUGCCUGCAGACACCAUUGACCAUGCAGGCGCAGGCGCAGACGCAGAGGUGCAAAAUCCAGGGCUGCUGGCUCUGUGUGGACCCAACAGGGUUUUGGACGAGUCCACUUGUGAGUGUGUUUGUCGUAACGGACUCACCCAGGCCAACUGUGAGCCGGGCUGGAAACUGGAUCACAACACCUGUGAAUGCCAGUGUGAAGGUCACGGAGACGGAAAGCAGUGUCCGUCUGGACAGCGGUGGGAUGAGGAGCUGUGUGGCUGUGUGUGCGAUGUAGACUGUCCUGGGAAUCAACCACUCAACCCCGAUGCCUGCCUGUGUCAGUGCAGAGAGACUCCUCAGUCGUGUCUGCUGCAGGGCAAAAGGUUUAACCAAAACACCUGCAGCUGCUACAGGUUGCCUUGCAGGAAGCCCAGGCCUGUGUGCCAGGCUGGCUUUUACUACAGCCGCCAAGUCUGCCAGUGUAUUCCCAACUACAUGAGGCCCGAAUGGAAUUAACAAAUCAGAGGCUGGCAGAGGAGAAGAAAUGGGCGUCGGUGGUAUGCAGACUGCGUGUCGGGGUUGUAAUCACAGCUGCUAUUUUCAGGCUUUUAUCCUCAAGCUUGAAAUUCCUGCACAAGGUGGAUGGGAAAUGUCCUUUUAACAGCAGGAAAGUGGGACUACGCCACAAAUGGCACCUGGAGAUGAUUUGUGAAAAUGUCCCAAAGGAUUGGGAGACCUACUGACACACACACAAAAAACAAACAAAGGCCAUCCAUGUGCAACACAAUGAGGGAACGUGGACUUGAAUUUGAAACAGUGGAAUGACUGAACAGCAACAUGGACUUUUACCUAUUUAUAACAUGUGCUGGAACCAACCAAUCUCAUCAGAACACCUUUAAAAUAUAAAACUGAACCAAUCAGACUCAAGCCUGUGUUGGAGAAACCAGCUCAUUGCUCCAGAGGCAAAAAGGGAACAACUGAGCAGAAAGUGGAAGUUUUUAAAUAAUAAAAACUUCAGCCAGUUUCAUGGUGUAUAGAAAUAAUGUAAAGCUUCAUAAAUGUUUAUUGAGAUCAUUUAAUGUGAUGUUUGGGGUCUUAAGUUUCCUGUUGUGGUUGGAGUGAGUGAGAGAAAAAAAAAAUCUGAGACACAGGCAGCAGCCAUCACAAACUGAAUGCAUCUGUA